ACAAUAAUAGGGAAGGAUCAUAUUGUUUUGAUAGUAGCGACAGAUGAAUAUAGUGACGUAAAUAAGUUUAAGUAUACUAAUCAAUAAUUGGGUGUUACGUAUUAUGUAACGUGAUAAACAUUGAAACAUUCUGCUAAUAGCGAAGUAGUGGCGAAGUACGUCGGCACACGUACAGCAGGAUACUUUUUUAGACUUGUGUUCCAUGUAUCAGUUAAAGGACGCAAGCGUGGCCUAUAUUUGCUGUAACUGAAUUCGGAAAACAUUCGUUAUGCAAGGAGAAACAAGAUUGCUAAAAGUAUUUACUAUGAAUUGCUGGGGAAUACCACUGGUAUCCAAGAAUCGGCAUGAAAGAAUUACUGCCCUGGCAGAUCACUUGGCAACAUGUGACUAUGACUUUGUGUGCCUACAGGAACUAUGGUCAGAAUAUGAUUACCACUUUAUUAAGGAAAAAACUGUUGACUCCUUACCAUAUUCACAUUACUUCCACAGUGGUGUGCUGGGCUCCGGUCUAUGUGUUCUUUCACGAUUUCCAAUAGAAGACGUUUUUUUCCACCAGUGGCCUAUGAAUGGAUAUAUGCACAAAUUACAGCAUGGAGACUGGUUUGGUGGUAAAGGUAUUGGUGUAUGCCGUAUCCAACUGGAAGAUGUUUAUGUGAAUGUGUAUACUGCUCAUCUGCAUGCGGAGUACAAUCCAUCAAAUGAUGAGUACUUGGCACACCGUGUACUUCAAGCACUGGAUGCAGCACAGUUUGUACGGCUAACAGCAGCAGGCUCCGAUGUGGCUAUCUUGGGUGGUGACCUUAAUGCACUGCCUGGUGACCUUGCCCAAAGAAUUAUUUGCUUAUAUGCAGAAUUAGAAGACAGUUGCUGUGUGGCUCAUCCAAUGGAGACCCACAAAAAUUUUGGUACAAAUGAAACAGCAGCCAACAGCUAUACUGGUAAAAAAGUAGCAAGGGAGCAACCUGAGGGUAAAAGAAUAGAUUACAUAAUGUUUCGGACGUCAUCAAGAGUGAAGGUUGAGCGUGUUCAGUACAAGCAUCCACUACCAGAUCGUGUUCCACAACACAGUUUCAGUUACUCUGAUCAUGAUGCAGUCCUAGCGACACUGGAGCUAUCUGUCAUGUCUCCUGAAGCUCAACCACAAAUUGAUGAACCGAAGCCAGAUCCAAUACCCGCUCUGACUGAGGGAGUGGCAGUUUGUGGCAGCGCACUUCGCCAGCUUCGAAGAUCCCGCCGCAUUUACUGGGUGUUUUCUGUGCUGUUCUUCGUCGUAGUUGUGUGUGCAACAGUAUUUGAUGCGCCAGAAGCUUAUGACAAGAUACUCGAUGUGGUUAUUGCUGUGGCUUCUAUUUUGUUUUGUUUUACACUUUUUAUGUGUUCUUUGUGGAACCCAAUAGAAGUUAAUGCAAUACGAGCUGGAAAGUUAGCAAUGGAAGUGACAUUAGCUGCUGCAGAACUGCGUCUGGCAGGCUUUGUGGCUCAGAUGGAGGCUGCAGGGGCUGAGCAUAGAGAGAGAUGCCAAAAUAGCAAACAGACUAGACAAUCACUUACAUCUGAAGUUGAUGAGGGUGAGAGUAGCAUGACUAAUCAGUCAGAUGUCCUUAGUAACAGAAGCAGUAGACAAAGCAAAUGUUUAUUGGUGUCAGAAAGCAAAAAGGACACUGAUAUGGGUUCUAGGCAGUUACUGCUCUCAGAAUCAAUGGAUAUAGUAGAAAACCAUACAGGACAGCCACUUUUGCAAGAGACAAGGCAUAAUUCACAAGGGGAACAUAGGCAGUCAGUACUUAUUCCAAAUUUUUCAUUUCUUCAUAAGUGUUGGUUUAGGGCAGAUUCAAAAUCAUAGUAUGUUACCAGUUGCAGAGAAGUUAUAACUGCUCGCCCCUGCAGCUCAGAAGAAUGAGUCUCGAGAAGCCAUCCUGAUGAAUAAAGUAAGAAUUCCAGAGUUUAUUCAGAUGUGUGUGCUAAUCCAUACUGCCACUUGAUUAAAAGUCUGCAACAGCUUGUGUUUGUGGUGUAGUUAAUUUUUAUAGUUUGUGUAUGUGAUUAACUUAGCAUUUAUUAUCUUUUUUAGGAGGACCAAGCUGUGUAAUAUUUCUCUACAAAUUUGUAGUUCUUCCAUUAGUGAACACUUUUUGUUAAGAAAAUCUUCUGUGUUUAUGCUUUCCAGUCUUGCAUUUGAACCAUUUUGUGCACAUGACUGUGCGUCAAAUACAAUGUGUAAGGUUGUGAUAUCUGCUGCUCACCUAUAUCUCAGACCAUCCACCUCUGUUUGUCACUAAUUAUCAAUACUUUUAGAACAAGAAAGAAAGCAUCACUUUGGCUAUCAAAGAGAUUGUUCAGUGUGUGUGUGUGUGUGUGUGUGUGUGUGUGUGUGUGCAGGCUUUCAUUUUUAGUCCAAGUACUAGCCCCCCCCCCCCCCCCCCCUUUUCUGAGGAACAAAACUAGCUGGAGGUUAAGUUCUCUCACAGGCAUUUUUCUUAUUCGAUACUGCUGAACAUAUCUGUAUUCUGCUGAUUAGAAAUAGAAUAAAACUGGAGCAUUCCAUGUGGUGCGCAAAUAACUACUAACAUUUUCCCUACAGUUGUACUACAGCUUGCUUUCAUCCUUCAUCAGUUGUGAUGAACAUUGCUAAAUGGGUAGAAUGAAUCAGUAGGUCAAGUUUAACAUUUGUAUGUUUUAACGGGAUGUCUUUAAUAGUUUUUACAAAAGGGACUAGCUAUCUUAAUCCCUGUUAUCAGGUGGUGGUAGAAUUUUUGUUUGUUUUGGGACUGUCACUAUUUGUAGCAAAGAUUUUUUUCUAUAUAGCUUUUGGCAAACAUAAAAAAGGCAUAACAUUUGUUACAAAGUGUUCCUCUUAAUAUCAGAAGCAUAAAUUGUUUUCUCGUAACUAUGUUGUACAUGGUAUUAGAUGGAUAAAUAUGAUUUUUGAAUAUUCAUAUCAGUAAUAUGGAUGCUGUCAUGACCGUAUUGUUUAUGAGAAGUUACUGUGCAGCCGUCCAUUAAAAAUAUCUGUAGAGCAGCAGAAUAUAAAUAAUUGUUGAAUACCUGUUAAACAUAGUUUUUGUUGUACAAGAAUUUUUCAGUUAUUAAAAUGUAUCAUUAGACUCUGUCUUUUAUAACAAAAAAAAGGUAAUGUUAACAUAUUUUUAUAGUGAUGAUGUGAAUAACACUAUUAUUUCGGUACCUGUCAUUUGCAGCUGACUGAUAAUAGGUAGCUCAAAUUAUGUUACCCUGUCUCUUUGUUGGGUAAGAAUUCCUAGGUUUAGAAUCUUAUUCACUUAACAUUCCUAUCCAUGUAUGCAAUAUGGUUCUCACUCAGUGGUCUAAAAUUGAAAAUAAGUUUCUCAAUUGUAGCUACAUUGGGUGUUAUUACUUCCAUUUAUUGCAACUUGCAGCAUAAAAUUCGUAAGGGGAAAUGUAUGAUGUAGUACCCAGUAUUGUACACUAUGCAAUAAAUAGUGUGACUCAGUA